CACAGAAACCGCCACAAAAACACUACCUGACAACUCGACAUGUAAACAAAGCCACGUGGUCAGGUCAAAGAAAACUUCCUCUUUACAAGGCACACUAUACCAAACCUUUGCUGCCACAAUUAUUAUUGUUUGAGCCUCUAUUCAUAAAUUCAGAUGAUAUUCUUAAAAGAGCCUAUAAGUGUAUCAAGGCAGGCAAUCUGUAAUUUUCUACUGACCUCAAUGGAAGUAUACUAAUAUAUACUUGCAUUUUCAUGUACUAAACAACAGGCAAAUCCAUUUAAUGUAAAGAAAAUAUAAUUUUGUAUCAGAGACUUUAUUUUUGCGGUACGAUCACUAUCCUCGGGUACUUGGGCAGCGAGCAAACCAAAACACAGGACCAUGCUUACUCGACUACCCUGCACAAUGGAUACAUCACCGCCACAAUCAUGGACUACAACGGAAUUAAGAAAAUUCCUGAAAGAACGAGCUAUACCCUAUUCUGGAUAUAGUAAAGCAGUGCUGGUUGGCAUGGUCGAGAAGGCCAUCGCUAAUCCAGGCAUCACGGAAAUCACACAGCCCAGUGAUGUUGUGGUAGCUGGUAUUACAAGAAGAACAGUUUCCGUAAACGGAAAUGUAAUCUUAUUUCCCGAUCCACGUGUCAUAACCUCAUGGGAAAAAGACUUAACAUCCCUACCUCACCUGACGUCAGCCAAAUGCUUGGUGUAUCUCCUUUCUAAGGGAGGGUGGUCCUCAGAACGGGCUAUAUCAUAUGAAAAAGAAAGGGGAUAUCAGCUCUUCAUGGAGUCACACAUUGAUGAAGUAGAACUGAAUCAAGAAGACCACAACAUGACAUAUGUAUGGGCCUUGUGCAGGAGGCAAACUGCACAGUCUGAAAAGCCAUACCAAGUGUGGCUUUUACUGAACACCACUGGAACGAUUGAGACUGCUGGCUGCCAAUGCAUAGGAGAUGAUGGAAGUUGCAAGCACGUUGUGGCUCUAAUGUUUGCCAUAGAAGACUUUGUGUCACGUAGAGGGGAUCAUGCUUCAGCACCAACCUGCACUGAUCUUCCAUGUAUGUGGAACAAGCCUCGUCGCAACACCAAACAAAUAAAGGCAGUCGAUCUAGAUCACAGGAUGGACACCUCUACAACAUGUUCAAUAACCCCUCGUUCAGAACAUUACAGAGCCUGUAGCUUUGUCCCUAACUUCAACCCAGGGGAAAGUUUUCAUGCGUUUAUGGCUCAACAUGCUCCACGAAAGUGUUAUGAACAAGUGCUUUUCCCUGAUAGAUUGAACAGGCAGCUACCCACAAUCACUGAACUUGCAGGGGAAUUUAGUAAAUCAAGGUCUGCAUUGCCAUUUGUUGAUUUUGUUAAGCAACAUUUAGGUAAUGCAGAUAUGGAUUUCAUACAAUCAAAAACACAUGCCCAGUACAAAUCACGUAUGUGGAAAGAUCAGAGAGUUGGUGCCUUGACAUCAACAACUUUUCAUAAGGCAGUACACUACAGGGACAGUGAAAGUAACAAUUACAUAGUAAAUGAAAUAAUGGGACUCUCAGGCUUUCAAGGUAAUUUGAGUACCAAAUAUGGUAAGGAAACAGAGCCCAUAGCAAAGAAGCUUUACAUAAAAGAAAUGAGAAAGAAACACAAACAAUUUAAAUUUGUAGGGUGUGGACUUUUUAUAAAUAAAGACAAUCCACUAUUCCGAGCAACUCCUGAUGGCAUUGUCAGUUGUAAAUGUUGUGGCAAGGGGUUAUUAGAAAUAAAGUGCUCCCAUAAAUACAGAUUGCAUACUGGGAGGGAAAUAGCUAUAUCUAAUACCUACCAUGUAACCCUUGGAGAAAAGAACAGCAUUGUACUAAAAAAUUCCUCUCCUUGGUACACACAAAUCCAAGCCCAUUUAGGUGUUGCUGAGAUGGAGUGGUGUGAUUUUGUAAUGUUCAUACAAAAAAGUCCGCAUUUAACAGUGCAGAGGAUUUAUCUUGAUAAAAGUCUCUUUGAUAGCAGUGCAGAAAUUGCCAUGGAUUUUUAUUAUAAAUAUGUCUUGCCAAAUCUCCUGAACUCAAAAGAAACUCCAGAGGCAAGUAAUAUUUAAGAGGUCUUCAUAAUGACUGCAUAUUUGUUUCUGCCUGGUGUGGUUGUUUUGUAUAUAGUUAUUUGUACAGUUUGUUAUUUGCUUAUAAUGUGUAAGUUUUUUUUUUCUUAAUGCUACUUUCAUUUGUAUUGUUUGUAUAUAAUAUAUUGUAAAUUUCUUUUCAGGAAUAAAGUCUGUGUUCUUGAUUUUCAGAAAUUAUUUACCAUACCACAAUGAUUCAGACACGUUUAUUAAUAAAUAAUUAUAAGAAAGAA